AUGCAGACGCCGUGUGACGAAACCUCCUACAAUUUCGCCAGACGUGACAAGAAGCGAUUGUUAACUCACAUUUAUGGUAAGCAACAAGAUGGUCAUGAUAUAUGUGCCAAGUAUGAGCUUGAAGAGCUUAUGCAGUUAAGCUCUAUGCUGGGUCUUGCCCGGAGUUGCUGCAGUUCAGUUUCCCAAAUGGUUGAGGAGAUGGCGUCAUUUCGCCCCACUGGAUUUGGUGACCCUGGUUGGGAGCAUGGCAUUGCUCAAGAUGAAAAAAAGAAGAAGGUCAGAUGCAAUUAUUGUGGAAAAGUAGUUAGUGGAGGGAUAUACAGAUUGAAGCAACAUUUAGCUCGACUUUCCGGAGAAGUAACAUAUUGUGAUAAGGCUCCAGAGGAUGUAUGUCUGAAAAUGAGGGAAAAUCUGGAAGGAUGUCGUGUCAGUAAGAAGUUAAAGCAAGUUGAAUAUGAUGAACAAGCAUAUUUGAAUUUCCACUCCAAUGAUGAUGUAGAGGAGGAGGAAGAGCAUGUUGAAUAUAGAAGCAAAGGAAAACAAUUGAUGGGUGAUAAAGGUUUGGUUAUAAAUUUGGCCCCUCUUAGAUCAUUAGGAUACGUUGACCCUGGUUGGGAACAUGGUGUUGCUCAGGAUGAGAGGAAAAAAAAGGUAAAAUGCAAUUACUGUGAGAAAAUAGUUAGUGGUGGUAUUAAUCGGUUUAAGCAACAUCUAGCUAGAAUACCUGGAGAAGUUGCACCUUGUAAAAAUGCACCUGAGGAAGUAUAUCUUAAGAUAAAAGAGAACAUGAAAUGGCAUCGUACUGGAAGGAGGCAUAGACGUCCCGAUACAAAGGAGAUAUCAGCUUUUUAUAUGCACUCGGAUAAUGAUGAAGAAGAGGAAGAUCAAGAGAAAGAUUCUGUACAUCGUAUGAGCGAUGAAAAAGUUUCAGUUGGAGAUAAAAGAUUGAUCAGAGACUCAAUGAGGACUUCUAGAAGGAUGACCCCUGGUAGUGGGUCUGAACCCUUAUUGAAAAGAUCAAGAUUGGAUUCUCUUGUUCAAAAGAAGGCAAAGAAUCAGAUGCCAGUAUCUUACAAACAUGUAAAAUCGGGGUCCAGCAAAAAAUCUCGCAAGGAAGUUGUUUCGUCAAUUUGCAAAUUCUUCUAUCAUGCAGGAAUUCCUUCACAUGUUGCAAACUCUCCAUAUUUUCAUAAGAUGCUGGAGUUGGUUGGUCAGUAUGGACAGGAUUUGGUGGGACCUUCAAACCGAGUUAUAUCUGGUCGUUUUCUACAGGAUGAAAUUGCAACCAUCAAAAACUAUUUGGUUGAGUAUAAGGCUUCCUGGGCAGUCACCGGUUGUUCUAUUUUGGCAGAUAGUUGGAAAGAUGCUCAGAGUAGGACAUUAAUAAAUUUUUUGGUUUCUUGCCCCCGUGGUAUAUACUUUGUUUGUUCAGUUGAUGCCACUGAUAUAGUGGAAGAUGCCACAAAUUUGUUCAAGUUGCUUGACAAAGUGGUGGAAGAGAUGGGUGAGGAAAACGUAGUGCAGGUAAUCACUGAGAAUACUCCCAGUUAUCAGGCUGCUGGAAAGAUGCUUGAAGAGAAGAGAAGGAAUUUGUUUUGGACUCCUUGUGCUGCCUAUUGCAUUGAUCAGAUGCUUGAAGAUUUUGUUAAAAUAAAAUGGGUGGGGGAGUGCAUUGAGAAAGGCCAAAAAAUGACAAAGUUCAUUUACAACAGGAUCUGGUUGUUGAAUCUUAUGAAAAAAGAAUUUACUGGGGGACAGGAACUUUUGAGGCCAUCUGUUACUCAGCAUGCUUCAAGCUUUUCUACUUUGCAAAGCUUGCUGGAACAUAGGAUUGGUCUUAAAAGAAUGUUCCAGUCGAAUAAAUGGAUUUCUUCUCGGUUUUCAAAAUCAGAGGAGGGUAAGGAGGUGGAAAAAAUUGUAUUGAAUGCCACAUUUUGGAAGAAGAUGCAGUAUGUUAGGAAAUCGGUAGAUCCCAUAGUACAAGUACUGCAAAAGGUUAAUAGUGAUGAAAGCCUCACAAUGCCUUCUAUUUAUAAUGAUAUGUACAGGGCAAAGCUUUCAAUCAAAACCAAUCACGGUGAUGAUGUACGAAAAUAUGGGCACUUCUGGAGUGUGAUAGACAAUCAUUGGAAUUCAUUGUUCCACCACCCCCUAUAUUUGGCUGCUUAUUUCCUGAAUCCAUCAUAUCGAUAUCGUCCUGAUUUUGUAGUGCAUCCAGACGUUGUGCGUGGACUAAAUUCAUGCAUUGUUCGACUGGAGCCAGACAAUGCAAGAAGGAUCUCUGCAUCCAUGCAGAUUUCUGAAUUUGGCUCUGCAAAAGCUGAUUUUGGAACUGACUUGGCAAUCAGUACCAGAACUGAACUUAAUCCAGCUGCAUGGUGGCAACAACAUGGGAUAAAUUGCUUAGAGCUGCAACGAAUAGCCGUACGCAUAUUGAGUCAGACAUGCUCAUCUUUCGGAUGUGAGCAUAGCUGGAGUAUAUAUGAUCAGAUCCACAGCCAAAGGCGAAAUCGUUUAGCACAGAAAAGAUUGAAUGACUUCAUUUAUGUUCACUACAACUUGCGACUUAGGGAACGCCAAAUAAGAAAGAGGUCCAAUGACUCUAUCUCAAUUGAUAGUGUUCUGCAAGAAAAUUUACUCCAUGACUGGAUUGUGGAGACAGAAAAACAAGCCUUACAAGAAGAUGAGGAAACGCUUUAUAAUGAAAUAGAACAAGUUGAUGCAUAUGAGAACGACUUGAUCGAGUAUGAAGAUGGAAAUGGAGAGGCUAGGAAGGGAUCCAUGGAGAUGGUGACUUUGGCUGAUGUAGAACCCUUGGAUGUUGAACCUAUUAACAAUGUUGGUACUGCCACUGAUGAUGAAGAUGAGGAUGAUGAUGAUGAUCUCAAUUUUCUUGACGAUGAUUUGAUAGAGUCCAGUUGGUUGGAUUUGCUGGUAAUUCCAGUCAUGUAUAGUAUAUUAUCCUUUUUUGUUAAAUUCGAGUUAAUUAGUCCAAAUAUCCAAAAGAAGCAUGAAGUGGGUAAUGUACCUCAUGAAUCUUUGGCCAGUUUCUGCCGCAUGAGGCGGCCAUCGACGGACACUCACUGGAGAAGCCAUAAAAGGGGAAGAGAAGUGAGUGGUAUUGAAAUUGAGGAAGCAGAGGUGGAGAGGAAGAUCAUGGCAUUGCAGAGAGUAGUGCCUGGAGGUGAGUCACUAGGCGUUGAAAAGCUCUUUCAACACACUGCUGGCAACAUAUUGGCAUUGCAUGGUCAUACCCAAUACUAUUUUAGGCAUCAAUACACCUACAAGGCUGGGAUUGACAAACUUACAGGUCUCAAUUUCAAGGGUUCUUUUUUUUUUUUUUUUAGAGUGCGUACAUCAGUCUCACACGCAUCAUUCAAAUCAAGAGUGUGGUUCGAAAAUAAGACCUUGAAGAAUUACUUUUCGAAUUCCUGCCAACGCUAUUACAAUUUUUUGCAAAAUUAUAACUAACGUUGAAUUUGUCUUCAAUCUCUUUUUCCGCAAAGAUUGCAUAUACCUAUCAAAGCUAGUAAUGCUAUGAAUUGGGGUAGUGACGGCAAUUGUCAGUGGAGAUGGCUUGUAUGAGUUCAGCCUGGCAUGAACCAAAAUGGGCUUAGACCAUGUUUCCCUCCUUUUUUAAAAAUUUUUUAAGCCUCGCCCAUCUAUUAUCGGUGCAUGGUAAUACAUUUGUUUUGAAAUUUGUAAAAUGAGAAGAAUCACCUGUCACAAGAGAAAAUGUCUCAAGUCUCUCUGAUGCAUGUUCAACUUCAUCUAACAUAAGUAUCAUUAUAAGUAAAUUAAUAGAGAGUAAUUUAUUCGUGUCCGAGGGUGAGGGGGAUGAUGGGGGUGGGAAUCGAACACUAGUACUCUCCAACUAAACUAAAGGUCCUUACCACUGGGCCAAGCCGCACACCAUUCCCGUCCAUUUAAAAAAACUUGUCAUUCGCCAGAAGAAGUAGCUAACCUAAAAAAGAUGUUAAGAAUUAUGAGGUUUUCUUAAUCAAACCGCCAAUCCAUGAGCAACAGAUGCAGCCCAAUGGAGUUGGUCUUAAUGGAUUUGGCUCUCACUUAAUCUACUACUUAUUGUCUUCAGAAAUGGUAUUUAAAUAUAGAAUGAUGUAUUAUUAUUAUUAUUAUUAUUUAAAGCUAAUGCGAGUAUUUGAGGAGUGGGCACUCAUCUCUCGUGAUCCAAUCGUGUCUGUUUUUUCCAUAUGAACGGAUCUAUGCCAUCAAUUUAGAGGAGAUGGAACAGAACCGAUUUGACCACCCAAUUCUAAAAAAUAAAAAUCUUUUGAUUAUGGUUUGAUUUCAAUUUAAAACGCAAAAAGACUAAGAAUUAAUAGUGCUAAAUAUUUUUAAUAAUAUUUACUAUAUAAUACUCUUAUUCACUUUUCACUGAUUGAGAAUAUAACUUAUUAUACAAGGACGGAGGCAUGUGUUUUGUAAUGUUCCAAGUCCAUUCAGGGGCAAUUGCCCCCACUAGAAUUUUUAUUUUAUAUUUUAUAUUUUAUAUUAUAUCCCCCCGUAAACAAAUUGUUUUGAAAUAUAUACAUAUAAAAAUUAAUCAUUGCCCCCACAUAAAUUUUAGAAAAAUAGCACUAUUGUCCCAACAAAUUCACAUUGAGCUCCUUUAAAGAGUUAGGGCAAUGGGCCAAACCACUGAAAGCAUCAAUUUAACCAUCAAACACGAUAUACAGAAAGUUAUUAUAAUGGUUUGAAUUUUUUUUCGCUUAUUAUAAUGGUUUGAUUUUAUUUUAUUUUAUUUUUUUUGCUGUUAAAGGUCGCCCCCACCCACAUAAUUUUCUGAAUCCGUCCUUGAUUAUACAUCAUAAUACUAUCAUUUAUACAAUCCAAAUUUUGAUAUACUUUUUUUUUUUUUUUUUUCUCUUUAUAUUGUUUGGACAGACAUUAGAAUUGAAGUCUAGAAAGCAAGGAUAGUUUCCCAUUUUAUUUCUUUGUUUUUCCAAUAUCUA